AUGGAGGAGGGUAGAAGUUCCGUAGGCAAGCAACUCCUCAGUGGGCUUGCCCGGAAAAUGAGCCGGGGUACGCCGAAAAAAAGGCCGCCCCACAUUAAACCCGGACUGCCGUCUGCUUUUGCGAACGGCCCAGAUGAGGAGGAGGCAUGGAAGGUCAUGCUGCGUGUUCCCUCGUUGCCAUUUGAGGGCACGAAACAGGAGUAA